AGGCGACCCGGACACUCUUCAUCGGCAAUCUCGAGAAGGACGUCACCGCGUCCGAGCUUAGGAAGCAUUUCGAGCCUUUCGGCGAGAUAAUAGAAAUAGAUAUUAAGAAGCAAGGCGCGGUGUCAAGUUAUGCCUUUUGCCAAUACUCCGACAUUGGUAGCGUCGUCAAAGCUAUGCGAUCGAUGGACGGCGAACAUCUGGGCGCGAAUCGAAUAAAACUCGGAUUUGGAAAAUCCAUGCCCACGUCCUGUGUAUGGGUUGACGGCAUUGGAGAUUGUUUGCCGGAAAAGUACCUGAACAUGCAGUUCCAUCAGUUUGGACCGAUAAAUCAGGUGGUUGUGGAUCGCGAGCGGGGACACGCUUUGGUCUUCUUCGAGCAGAUCAGCUGCGCGCAAGCCGCCGUGAAGGAGAUGAGGGGAGCGGCUCUUCGUGGACGUCGGCUUCAGGUCGACUUUGCUUCCAGAGAGUGCCAGGAAACGUUUUACGAGCACCUUGAACGGCAGGGCAUCGCCGGGGAGAGACCUUGGGACACAAGACCCUCUCCGGCGACGACCUUCGAUGUCUCGAUUCCUUCCAGGCGAGAGCGCAGUAGUUUCGACUCCGGGGUGACGGUGUCAAACUCGAGUAGCCGGUUUACCCGGUACGAGACGCCCCCGAGGUCGAGAACAGCAAGUUACUCCCGCGCGUCUGGAGGCGGAAGCACGCCGGGUGCCAGUCCUGCUCACCCGACCGCGAUGUCCCGCAGCAGUAGACGCUCCUACCAGGACAGCUACUACGACGGCGAUUACACCGAGCCGGCGCCCCGGCGAUUCCGCAGCUACGACGAGUUCAGCCAAGGAAGCGGGGCGAGCCACGACGACUACCAGAGCAGCGUGCUCGGCGACGGGAAGAUGAACGACGACGAUUGUCCACCACCGUCGCGUCGCCACGCGGUGCAAAGUGUCGUCACCAGUGUGGACCCACCGGCGCCUCCGCCUCCGUUGUUACCGCCUCCCGACAUCAGGCACCUGCAGAAAGAGCGUGUUCAUCUGCUGGAGCAGCUGGAGGAGUGUCACAGCAGCGGCGACGAGGUCGGAUUCGCGCCAAAGAAACGGGCGAAACUCGACGGUGCCUCGGCUACCAUACUCUGCGAGGACGACGAGCCAGAGAUCGCCUCGUUGCUUGUCACGUCGCACUCCAGCAGAAAGGGCAUGGACAUUAGACGCGUCAGCGACAGCAAGGUGGUCGUGCAUCACGGCACGAGGAGAGGUAGCUGCGAGGGAAGGGGACCGGGACCCUGUAAGCGCCGCCGUGAUGUUACCAGCAGGCAUCACGAACAUCAUGACGGAUCGCGGCCAGGGACGCCCCUGGUGGACGAGAGGCCAGAAAACUUGGUGCCUAGCGAGCCGAGGCGGUUUCGCGAAAGAAGUCAUGACGGUCCUCUGUCGUUGCCGUUGCCAAGGUUUGCUGCUCAGAUGCUGAACAACAAUAAUAACAACAGCAACAACAACAGCAGCAGUAGUAGCAGUAACAACAACACCACUACCGGUAACAGCAAUAACAGCAACAGCGGUGGUGGUCGAUCGAACAAUUCGAACCUUGCGAAAGUGACCAGUCCACCUUGUGGCAAUCUAUCGACGGCACCCAGUCCUCGCACAGCCCCUCAGCCGCCAGCGUCGCCGCCGCCUCGCCACCCUAGCCCGAGUCCAACGAGCUCAGACAGUGAGACGGCGCCCCAAUCACCUAGUCUCGAAGAAAGGAUACGCUCUCUGGACGAGAAGUACGAAAAAUGGUCCGGAUCCAGGGCGUUAAGCGCCGCCGGCGGUGACGCGCUGGAAACUCGACGCUACCGCAGACAUAAACUGCUCGACUUGGACUUACACGAGGUGCAGCCGAGCGACAUCGUGAAAUCGGUCCUUGCCAAGAGGAGCGUGUUUGACGAGGACUCGAAACGUCUGGAGAACUUCAGCGAGAAAUACGAACCUAGAGAGUUCACUGGUGUGAUUGGUGUGAGUUCGAUGAUCGGCAACACGAGCAGCCUCGCGUCGAGCGGUGGCUGUACCAGCAAGGUUUGCUUGCAGUAUCCAUUUCCUAGUCAUCCGCCGGUACAGCUGACUAGCAGCGGUUCUUUGACCAGUCAAAUCGGCAUCAGUACGACCCUGUCAUCGAGUUUAACGUUCACGACGACCAUGUCGUCCGCUUUGAAAACGACGGACCCACGGGUGACGGCGCAGCAUAACUGUGUCCACCCAACACCCGCAACACCAAUCACGCCCGGCACGUCGAUCAAGACUGUUAGCCCCGAAUUACCACCGGUUUCUCUACCGAUCGGUCUUGGUAGCGGAACAGCUGCCAGUAAUGGCAAUAGUAGCGGUUUAGCGUCAGCUAGUAGUAUUCUUAGCAGCAACGGUAGUAUAAGUAGUAUUCACGCUCUUGGAGCAUCUACCACACGAGGAUUGAGCAGCACCGGUGCCUCCGCAACCUCCUUGGUGUCAGCUCCGGCGACGACCACCGCAUCGACACUCACAUUCUCCACGUCUAUGUCGACGCCGUCCGUUCCUACGACUGCAACGACUACGACAACAUUGACCACAACAGCGAGCACGUCAGCACCAAUCAUAACCACGUCGAACACAAUAUCAUCGUCAUCGACGUCCACCUUGCCGAGUGGUCAAUACCAAACUUCCAUGCCCACCGCCUCCACGGUACUACCGUCUUCCACGACACCCUCGUCGAAUUUUUCCUCCUCCUGCUCAUCCUCCUCAUCGUCAUCAUCUUCUUCCUCCACCUCCUCUUCUUCGUCUUCACUGUCGGACAGUGCACGAUCUCGUCUGAGGAAAGAGGUCAGCAGUAGCAAUCGAGAGAGCAGAGAGUACCGGGACAGUAAGGACAGUAGAGACUCGAAGUACAGUAGCAAAGGGAAAGAUAGUCAGAGGAAAUCGAGGAAGGAGGAGGUGGUGGACAGCGAGAGGAGUCGCAAGGACAGAGAGGAGAAAGACAGCUCGUCGUCCAUAGUGAAUGACGUCGCGGAUAACGACGGUCAUGCGAGAGAGUUCAAGGAGAACAAAGAGCUGCGUUACGAGAGGAAAGAGAGAGAAGAGAAGGAUCGAAGGGACAAAGACGACCGUGAGAGGCAAGAACGAAGGGAGGAGGAUCGCGACAGGCAAGAAAGGAAGGAACGCGAAGAUAGACGAGAGAAGGACGAGGAGAGACGAGAACGGGAGAGGCUGGACAAGGAACGACAGGAGAAAGACAAGCGGGAAAGGGAGGAGAGAGAACGAGAGCGAGAGAAAGAGCGGGAACGUGAACGCGAACGUGAACGAGAACGAGAACGAGAACGUGAACGUGAGCGAGAAUGGGAGAGGCUGGACAAGGAACGACAGGAGAAAGACAAGCGGGAAAGGGAGGAGAGAGAACGAGAACGAGAGAAAGAGCGGGAACGUGAACGCGAACGUGAACGAGAACGAGAACGAGAACGUGAACGAGAACGAGAACGUGAGCGAGAACGAGAACGUGAAAGAGAACGAAAAGAACGGGAGGAAAAUGAAGCCAAGGAGAAAGAGAGGAAGGAGAAAGAACGGUUGGAUCGCGAGAAAAGGGAAAGGGAGGAGAAAGAACGUCAGGAACGGCGGGAAAGGGAGGAACGAGAGAGGAGGGAGCGCGAGGACCGCGAGAGGAAAGAACGAGAGCUCCGUCAGGAGCGGGAGAAACAAGAAAAGGAGCGUCUUAGGAAAGAAAAGGAAGAGCAAGAGAGGCGUGAGAAAGAAGAACGGGAUAGAUUGGAACGAGAGAGGAGACGGGAAGAGAAAGAGCGACUCGAGAGGGAGAGAAAACGUGAGAGAGAAGAGAAGGAACGGCUUGAGAGAGAACGGAGAAAAGAGAAAGAGGAACGAGAACGAGCUGAGAAAGAGAAACGCGAGAAGGAAGAAAAAGAGAGGCUCGAACGAGAAAAGCACGAUCGAGAAAAGAGAAGAGAACGUGAAGAUCAAGAGAGGCGGGAGAAAGAAAAAUCUGAACGCGAUAAGAGGAGGGAUCGCGAUGAGAAGGACAAAGAAAAGAGGGGGGAUCGCGAGGAGAGCAGGCGACAACCCACCGAGAAUCAUCUCCAUCAAUCUGUUUCACAGUCUCAGAAUCAAAUUUCCCCCGCCCCGGUAUCUAUCAAGCGGCGAUGUUCGUCGCAAGACGGACCAAACGAGGACGAAGCCAAACGCAUGAAAAUUUCCGACCACAGAAGAGAUAGCAAAGAUCGGCCUAGACAGAACCGAAGAUCCGAAGACCGCAAGCAUCGCAACGAUUCCCAUCGGUCGAGUCGCGAGAGCAGGGAGAGCCGUGACAGCAAGGAAAGUAGUGGUUCCACGCAAACCCAGGACAGCAGGGAACAAGCUCACAGUGAGAUGAACAGGGAAUCAACCAGGGAGAAUAGGGAAUCAAUCAGAGAGAACAGGGAGAACAGAGAGAACAGAGAGAACAGGGAAAACAGAGAAAAUAGGGAGAACAGAGAAAACAGGGAAAACAGAGAGAACAACCGUGAGAGUGGGAAAGAGAAGCAGCGAAGCAAGAGGACUCGUUCCGAAAAAGAAUCCAGAGAACGAAGCCCAAGGGUUUCCCACGAAUCUGACAAAGAGUUCCUAUCGAGACUUGACCUCACAAAACGUAAUGAUUCGAAUUCACCGAGCGACUCGACAACGGCCAAUGCUAAUCAUUCGCGUGAGAUGCAACAACACCAUCAGCAACAGUCUUCGUUGAACUUGCACAGUGACGUAGACGACGGCCCGUUAUCCACCCACGACAUUCAAGUGGCCAGACAUCCGUCAGCUACCGACACGGAUAGCGACGAACCUAAGAAGCACUCGAUUUUCGACAUCGUUGACGAUGAACCCGCGUACAUCAGUAUGUACGACAAGGUGAAGGCGCGCUCGACGAAAAACAUGCAGAAGCUCGAGGAAGAGAAGCGACAGGUGCGGCUAAAGGACAAAUUCUCGCAGUUGAAACAAAGUCGAGCCAGGCGAGAAGAGAAGAAACAGAGCACUUCGUGGGAUGGUGAUUCGGUAUCUAGCAAGGCUCUGACAGAGGACGAAGCAACGUCUGAGUCAGAUUCAGCCAGAGCGAAGUCUCUGUCCAGAAAGAGCUCUAGGUCUCGAAUUCACUCGGACACCAGUGAGGAGGAAGAGUCGUUUAACAAUAAGAUUCGAAAGGUCGUGAAGACCGAGAGGUUCCUGGAGAGCGACGUCGACCUUGGGUUCGCCGACACCGAGGAGAAGCACAAUCCUCUGGAAUCGUCGAACGUGGUCGUGAACAGCGUUCACGCGAAUGUGAAGGAAGAACCACGCACUUCGGACGACGACGAACGAAUAUCUGUUCCCUUCCGUAGCAACCAUCCGGCGAUCGUGGUGAACAAUCACGAGCGAGACUCGCGCAAAAAGUCGCAUAAGAAGAAGCAGAAGCGGCAGAAGAACUCGAUACAGAGCGAGGACAGUAUAAAGACCGAAUCCUCUGAGAACGCUGAUCAUAAGAACAAGUCGAACAUCGUAGCCAGUACUGUAGACGGUCGACCGAAUCAUGCGUCGGAAUCCAUCAAUGUGACUACGAACACCAACGUCACAUCGGGGACAACGGCAACGUUGGAGAGCACAGAGGAAAGGAUACGAUCGGAUAAGAAGCAACGAAAUAAGAAAGACAAGCGGAGAGAUAGGAACGGAGAGGACAAAACUAAGGCGAGGAGAAAGAGGCUGAAUAGGCAGGAAACGAGAGACUCGCAACGAAUGGAGGACAUCUUUGGUCCACUGUCGGACGACGUUGACGACGGUCCGUCUAACAACACUUUCUUCAACCGUCUGGGCAACAUUACGUCGGAAAAUAACACCUACACUUUUGACAGCGACGGCGGACACAGUCCGGUGUUGGACGUAGAGCGAGUCAGAAGAAAAGCGGAGAAGAAGCGUCGUCAUCAGCCCGAGGACGAGAACAGCGUAGACUUGGCGGAGGCGGGACGAGAAAUUGAGGCGAAACUUUUAGGCUUACCGAACUCGCCAAAGUCUGGUGUGGCGUGCACGGAAAGCAACGAUCACGACGUGUUUCGGUUCACAGACGACAACGACAGUGUGGAACCAUCUACGCCGUCAACCAUUCCGGAGAAGGUUAAAGAGAAGAAGAAGAAGAGGAAGAAGUCGAAAGAGGAACGCAGUCGGAAAGAUUACCACCAUCAUCACCAUCAUCACCACCAUCAUCACGUGCCGUAUUUAGGUGCAGAUCCUAGUCCUCCGAGAGCCAGCAGUCCACUAAUCCCUAAAACUAUGUCACCAACAUUACCUACACCUAGAGAUACUUUGUUAAGUCCCAUUCCAAAGGUUGCGUCCAAUGUAUCGACGGUGGUGCCGUCGAUGGCUCUUCCAGCCGUUAGUGGAGCUAUUCAAGCUGCGAAGCCGGAAAAGAAGAAGGAUAAAUUUAUUCCCGGUUUUGGAAUUGAAAUCGAUGAAGCUAUUCACGAAAACGCUGUAAAAAGUAUAUCAGAGCCGGAGGAACGCGAGAACAGCUGCCAGUCGCGAAGUGGCAGGGAGGAGCCGGAAGUAACUGCACCAACCACUCCGCCUGCACAAACCGAAGAUAAACCACGUGUCGCAAUUUCUCAAGAGGAGACUGAGGACGCCGUCGCUGCGUUGUUGGAAGAGACCUUCGGUGGAUCCACCGAAGAUUUCCCAUACGAGGGCGAGGAGGAAGACGCGGAGGCGGAAGACGCAGUUGGAGCACCAGCUGAGGCGCCUCAGGAGGACGUUGAGGAGAUGCAGCAAGCUGUGGAGAGUUUGAACGCCUCGACUGGAGAAGGAGAGACGGACAUGAAACCAGAUACUCCUCAGAGCGAGCACGAUCUGCAGAUAGACACGGACACGGAAGAGGACCCGAACUAUGAAUCGUUCGACCUGACACAGCCACCGAAAACGCCGGAUAUUCCAUCGUUCUACAAAUCUCCUACGAAGACCAUCAACACCAUCUCAGCGCCGCCUCUGGCCGGGGCAGAAAAGUCCAUCGAAACGCGCAUAUCGUCCAUACCAAUGAAACCGCAGAGUCCACCAACGUCUGUGAUCGCUCACUCUUGGAACCUGAACGAGAAGCCACGUGAAGUGGUUAAAACCGUGCAAACGGUAGAAUCUGUCGAGACGAACGUUACUGCCACCAGUCCAGAGAGAAUCACCCCUCAGGCGCAUCGUAUCUCCACUUCUCCACCGCCACAGUACAAGCAACCAGUUCUAGGUCCGUGCAGUGUGCCGAUUACCAGCGAAAUACCUAGAAUCGCCGCAGCCAGUCCUAGACCACCGCCUAUCAGCGUGCAAUCCUUGUAUCAAAAGCUACCUGUGUCGCCACAGUCACAAGCGGUACCGAUGCGACAGACUUCCCCCAGAAUGCAAAAUAUUUCCACGGUUUCUACAUCGGCCUCUCCAAAUCAGACUCCUCUGCCACCGUUAGUUCCAUCCAGAAUGCCACCUCUAGUGCCAUCACAGUUGUCACCGAGAAUCUUACAACCCCAAUCACCUAAUGGACAAUGGUCUCGAAAUUCUGCUCUCAGUCCACAUCAGAUACCAACAAUCGGAAAACCAUCUCCACCACCAGCCAGGAUCGCGGUGAGCGUAUCCGUGUCCGCGCAUAGACCUGAAGCUCCGGCGCAACAGAUUUACUCGACAGCGGCCACUCAACAACCAGUCAUCCAACACGCUCCUGGAAUGAGAGCUCUGGCGCCUAGUCAUCCCAGAGGAGGCUUGCCACCGUUGACUUUAAAUAUUCCACACCGUCCUUACAUGCCUGUACCACCGUUAGCACCUGGUGUGCAAGUGAAAAACUCGAGGGACUCUGGUUUAGGUGGUAAAUCCGUGAUCGAGACGUUGCUUCCGGUAAACCCAAACGAACCUCCGCAGCGUUUAGAAGAACCCAAGCUCUCGCCAGCUGUUAUUCCUGAGCCCGCGAACAAAGCGUCCACAUCUCCAAAAGUUCCUUCACCCAAUCAACCGCCAACGUAUAUUCCUGAGACAGCGAAAAUUGAGAUCACCGCCAGUACGUCCAGUCCGGUAUUUGGAAAGCCGAGCAACAUCGCGGACACGUGCUCUUUGUCGUCUAGGAGUCAGAAACAAGUAGCAAGCUCCAUCACGACGGAUAAUAAUUUGCUGUCACCCAGGCAAAAACAAGAAAUAUCGAGUCUUCAACUUCUAACUACUCAUGUACCACGUUCUUCCACGCCCAGUCCUGUAAUAGUCGCCCAUGGACAGCCUCACUUGGUCCACAAGUCUGUGGUGCACAGUAUCGGAGCAUCCACUAUUUCACCGGCUAAUCAACCGUUGAUCAAGACAGUUGUACCGAUAGUUCCACAACAGAUCGCGACCACAGUGACAGUUUCCAUGCCUGAGGAGAAGUGUGUUAUCAGCCAGACGCCGUUGCCCCUGAGUAGCAGCCAACGACACUCACCAGUCUCGCAGAGUAGUCAAUUACCGAAGCCUCAUAUUCCAUUGGUAUCCACUGUCCCGCAAGCCAUUAUUACCAGAGCCAUGCCCUCUACAGUUCCCUCCGUAUCAUCACCGCCGAUUAAUGAACAGAACAAUCCAGUCGAGUCGUUAGAGUCGCGUUUACCACCUGAACAAGAGUUGGAGUUAGACUCUGACGCACAGAUAGCCCAAACUGCUCAGCCCAUGCAACUCACGCCACCCGUACAGCCAACUCAACCGAUAGAUGUCAUUAAAGACGAACCUCCAGAUUGCGUUAAGCACGAAGACACCACGAUUAAAGAGGAAUUCCCGAGCAGUGAACCGGAACAUCCGUUAAGUCAACCAGUUGCCAACGUCGUAGACACGAAACCACCGAAAAUAGAGCAACCGAGUGUGGUCAAGUCAGAGACACUGCUGUGCGUACCGAAACCUGAACUUCCGGAGAGCAAUUUACUUCCCAAGAUAGAGGUCGAGUCACCGGUUAAAUCGGAACCUGUAAACGAGCCAGUGAAGGAAGAGGAACCUGUGAAAGAGAACGAAGAGGUGGGCAUAGAAGAGGAGCCAGCAGAGGAGCCAGCAGAGGAUCCUUUGAAAGAACCAAGUACAGACCCGCUUGCCAUCGACGUGUCUAAAGAGGAUCCAGCUGACAGUAAAGAAGAUAGCGACUACUGGUCAGCGAAGGAGGUAAACAUCGAGAGUGUGAUAAAAAAGGUAGAUGCUCUGUGCGACGGCGAGGCCAACGACGGUGAUGAAGAGACGCAACACGGUCAGAACGGUAGGAAUGAGACGCAGGAACAACCUAAGAAUAACGAGUCUGAAUGGUUCAACGCAGAAACGACGGAGACGGAGAGUAAAAAGAACUUCAGGACAAACGACGAGCAGGAUGAAGGUGUGGAGACGUGCGAGAGCGAGUCAACGAAAAGUCGUCGUGGUAGAAUGAAGAAUAGACGAGGAAUCGGUAGUCGUGGCGGUGUUACGACCAGACGAAGCAGCAGAAACACGACCACUGUAGUGCAUAAACGAGGUGGCAGGACUUCUAGAGGGAGCAAACAUCAUGUGGAAAGAAACAAGCUGCCGGCGGAUGUUUAUGAAUUCCACGAUGAUAGCGAGGAGGAUAACGCUGGACGGCCACGGUUGAUUCUCACUAUCAAGUCUCCGGUGCCGAAUCUGACCGGUCCCAACGCACAACCAGCAACACCUAUAGCUGCGGUGAAGGAAGUACCGCCGGAGGAAUUUGUCUCUCCAGCCGCGAACACAAGGAAAUCCAGAAGAUUGGCCGAAAGGGAUGGUAGUAGAAACACUAUCGACGAUAUUAUCGAAGACGUCGUACGCGGUUCUGCGGCAAACAAGGGUGUCGUUGGAGGAUCAACGGGCAACAUUCACGCCACCAGAAGAAGUACCAGGCAUAACAACUCCCCUCGUAAUGUACAGACGACCGUGCAGCUAACAGAGCCUAGAAAACCAAGACGAAAACUGGUACGAAGGUCUUCGGAGAAUAAUGACGAUAGUAAUGAGGAGAAGAUCAAGGAAGCGCCAUCGGCGGCACCACAGGAAUUGCAGAACAAGGAAGAAAGCGCUCUACCUCAAGAAGAAGCUCCGAAGACAGAGGAAACAAGUCAGUUAACACCGUCACCGACGCAGAAACCAGUCUCUCAUGAGCCAAUGACACUGAUAGAUCCAGUAACUGGAAUGUUGAUACCAAUGAGAGAGUCGGAAGAGGGUCAGUACAUUCCCGUUUCCACAUCAUCCGGACAGAUACAAACUGUAAACAGAGCCACGUGUGACACGCGUGCAACUCCAGCUGGAAUAAUCAACACGAGUCCUAAUACAGCCGAAGUGUUACGUCCAAAACCAACUCAGCUUAAAAAUCUAGCAAUUCCUGAAGAAUCCAAAAAGGAACAACCCGUAGAACCGGUUCAGAAUCAACAGAUUCAGCCCCAAACCAGCGUGAUCACUAAACCACAGUCUCCAGUCAUUCAAGUUACCUCCACAAUCAGCAUGGUUCAGUCAGUAACAACAUCCACCACAGUUACUCCUAUAGCCACGACCACAGUAACAACGCCACAGACUACGCCUACUUGCUCGACUCAAUCGAAGCCCACAAGUCUCAAAGCCCAUGUGUUAAACGCCAGCAAAUUGGUCACGCCGGUACAACAGCCUGUAGUCAUUACAAAACCACCAGCUCCCAGCAUACCCAGCCAAUCAGUAGUGCAAAGUAUUAUGAAACCGACACAACCGGUACAAGGUCUUCAUCUACAAAUACCCAGUAACAAAGUGGUGGCUCCAAGUUUGAGCCCACGUGCUAAGCAGGCGCCUCAGAUCAGUGUCGCGAAUGGAAAGGGCCAAGGACAACCUAUGUCACCGGUUUUGAACAACACUGGUGUGCCACCGAAUCCUAAACAACAUCUUCUGCAGGCGGCCAAGCAACAGGCGUCUACGAUAGUGAAUCUACCUCAGAAGUUGCCUAUGAACGUCCAUCCAGCUAGCGUAACUACAACAUUAACACCAAGAAUUCAUCAACCUGUUUCUCAGCCCACUGCACUGAAGGGUCAAUCACAUCCAUUGAAUCCAAAGACCCAUUUGCUACAGGCAGUAGUACCACCAAUGGUCACAGGUGCAGUAGCCAGUCCACCUACUCAGCCUCAUUUGAUGAAUCCUCAGCCUGCUAACGUUGGCUGUUCAAGACCUCCAGCACCAAAACCAGCAGUAACAGGAACGAUGGAACCGCCAAAAGUGGAAGUAUCUAUGUCCGGCUGUAUUAUGGUUCCAACUGCGAGUCCUCAGGCACGUGGAGUACCAAUAUCAACAUACGAAGGACCAUUGCAUGGGAGUGCGGGUGCUGCUCCAUCACCAGGGGGCCAGUUUGGACUUGUCCCCCCACAUAGAUCCCAGAGUCCUCCAUUGCCUCCACCUGCCCAUCAUCAUGCUAAUGCUUCUCAGGGUGACGUUGUGAAUCACUAUGGAGGACUUACAAGAGGAGGAGAGCUACCACCUCAUUACAUGCACCCGCAAGUGUUACAGUAUCAAUAUCUGCGUGCUCAGCAGGAGGCCUUAACAGCUCCACGUAUAGCAUACCACAUCCAAGGAUCUCCUCAUUUGCCAAUAGACCCUAAACUUGAAACGGGCAUAGAAGAUAGUCACAGUCCACCAUUGGAGUUGAGACGAGGCACAAAAACGCCGCAAGAUCGUACCACCGACAGUCCUCAAGUAGCUCAAGUCUACAUGCUGCAUGGUCCAGCGAGGUUACCACCACCACCGCCGCAAUAUAAUGCAGGAAGUAAUCCAUCCUUAACUGGUGCACCAACAACCGCCAGAGGUGGUUUUUACGAACCUCCACCUGCGCAUUUGCGUUCUCAAUAUCCUAUUGCUGCCAGCGAAGCACCAAGUGACAGAGCUAUUACACCGGAUAGGCCUAGAAAACAUCAAGUGGUCACGCCACCUCACGCUUCUCAAGUACCACCCCAAGCAGACUCAUUUCAGAUGUUGCUACAACGUUACCCAGUUAUGUGGCAGGGAUUAUUGGCCCUUAAGAAUGACCAGGCAGCAGUACAAAUGCAUUUCGUAUUUGGUAACCCCAAUGUGGCGAGAGACAGUCUACCUUGUAACAGUGAUGGCUCCACUCCACCAUUGAGAAUAGCACAGAGAAUGAGAUUAGAACAAACCCAGGUUGAAGGUGUGGCAAGGAAGAUGCAGAUGGACAAUGAACACUGCAUGCUUCUCGCGCUUCCUUGUGGUCGAGAUGAGGUAGACGUAUUACAACAAAGUAAAAAUCUUCAGACUGGAUUUAUAAUGUAUUUGCAACAGAAACAGGCCGCUGGAAUUGUUAACAUCGCUGCACCAGGAUCACAACAGCCUGCGUACGUAGUUCACAUUUUCCCAUCGUGCGACUUCGCAAACGAGAGUUUGGCGCGAAUCGCACCGGACUUGUUACACCGCGUCGCAAAGAUCGCCCAUUUACUCAUCGUCAUUGCCACGGUUUGAGACCAACCAGUGGUCUAUUGGAUUACAAUCUACCUAUACUUCUCGCCUUCACGCACUUGUAGGACGCUUCACAUGUGGCAUGAAGCCUGGAGUGUCCCUCUGACGAAGUGCAGUAUCGUACAACAAACGAUAAGAGUAUUCCCGAGGGAAGAAAUGGUUUUUCCUUUGGAAUUAUAUCAGUGACAAUCAAACGGAUUCUUCGGCAAAUCGUGCCGAUUUUCUAUAUC